GAGCUUUCUGUUCAGUUGAGUGGCAAACGCGCAUCUGUGUAUACGGCAUUGCGGCAGACGGGUUAUAAAUAAAUAAAAAUAAAAAGUAAAUUUUUUACAUUAAAUUUUGUAUAAAAAGUGCGAGGGUGAGAGUUAAAAAAUAAAACAAUUGCUACCUGUAUAUUAUAGACUUUGCGGAUAGUGAAACUAUAUAGAGUCUAUUAAUUUUCUUUGCUCUAUUGAAAUUUGCUUUUGAAAAAAAGCCGAAAAAAAUUUUUUUUUUAAAACGUGUACAAAAAUAAAUAAUAUAACGAUACAAUCAUAUUUAUAAUUUUUCACGUAAGAGCGUUUUAUUAGGAACGUACAAAUAUAUAUAUAUAUAUACAUAUAUAUAUAUAUAGAUUUGUUUAAUAAAGUGCUAUAAAAUUUUAAUAAGUAGCUGCAAACGAAGGUAUGUUUUGAUUAUCUUUUUUCUUUUUUUGUUUAUUUUAUUUAGAAUUUGUCUUUAUCAUGGAUUUCUAGGCUUUAUUAAAGUAGCAAAAGCGAACAGUUUGGCUUUUCCGGUGGUGGCCACGCCUUUUAUGGUGUAUCUAUCCGAUAUGUUUAAAUUGCUUUAAACUAUGUCCACCAGUCCGAAACCAGUCAAAAAAGUCCCCAUUCAUUUACAGAGCGCUCAGAACCGUGUCUAUAUAAAGAAUGGUCAAAUUGUAAAUCAUGAUAAAACAUUUAUGGCCGAUGUUUACAUCGAAGAUGGCACUAUCAAAUUUGUUGGUUCCGCUUCGGAAAUUGUCGUGCCGGGUGGUGUACGCGUUAUCGAUGCUACCGGGAAACUAAUAAUACCGGGUGGUAUUGAUCCUCAUACACAUUUUCAAUUACGUUUUGGUAAUGCGGUCUCGGUCGAUGACUUUUAUCAUGGUACUAAAGCGGCAAUUGCUGGCGGUACCACCACAAUUAUUGACUUUGUUUUACCUAAUAAAGGUGAAUCAUUGGUCGAAGCUUAUGAUAAAUGGCGUGAGUGGGCCGAUCCGAAAGUAUGUUGUGAUUAUGCUCUGCAUGUAGGUAUUACCUGGUGGUCGAAUUCGGUAUCACAAGAAAUGAAAAUCAUGUGUGACGAACUUGGUGUGAAUUCUUUCAAAAUGUUUAUGGCCUAUAAAGGUCUUUAUCAGCUUAAUGAUUCUGAACUAUUGGAUGUGUUUGAACGUAUUAGAGCACUGGGAGCUAUCGCUCAGAUUCAUGCUGAGAAUGGUGAUGUUAUUGCGAAAAAUGUUAGUAAACUUCUGGCAGCUAAUAUUACGGGUCCAGAAGGUCAUGAACUUUCCCGACCCGAAGAAGUUGAGGCGGAAGCUGUAAAUCGUGCCUGCAUUCUGGCCCAUCAGAUGAAAUCACCUCUUUAUGUAACUCGUGUCACUUCCAAGUUAUCAGCUGAAAUUAUGGGCCGUGCAAGGCGGAGCGGUUAUUGUGUGUUUGGUGAAACCUUGGUUAGUUCGUUGGGUCGCGCUAUGAGUGGCUUACAAAAACAAUAUCAUUUGUAUUGUAUCACAAGUCCACCCAUACGUGAAUCUGCCGAAACGCCAAGGCAGCUAAUGAAGUCGUUGGCUUACGAUGAUCUUCAGACUACGGGCAGCGAUAAUUGCACUUUUAAUAAAGAGCAAAAGGAAUUGGGUAAAGGGAACUUUACAAAAAUACCGAAUGGUGUGAACGGUGUUGAAGAUCGUAUGUCGAUUGUGUGGGAGAAAGGCGUACACGCUGGCCUUUUAGAUCCAUGCCGUUUCGUAGCGGUUACCAGUACCAAUGCCGCUAAGAUCUUUAAUCUUUACCCUCAGAAGGGUUGCAUUGCAGUCGGUUCCGAUGCCGACGUUGUCAUUUGGAAUCCUCAUGCUACACGCACUAUUUCCAAAGAUACUCAUCAUCAUAAUUGCGAUUUUAAUAUCUUUGAAGGCAUGGUAUGUCACGGCGUCCCGGAACUUGUUUUGGUUCGUGGUCGCAUUUGUGUAGAAAAUGAUAGUAUUCGUGUGGCUGAAGGAUUUGGGCGUUUUCUUAAUACGCCAGUACGUCCACCUUAUGUCUACGAUGUGCUUGAGGGCAAAAUUCCAGCGGAAAUCCAAGCAGAACGUAAUGGUGCCGAGGAACAAUUGAAUGGGAAUAUGAAAAAAAUGAAUUUAUCUGCUCUGCAAAUUGAAAUACCGCAACAAGAAGGGGGCAUUUUUCCAGGAAAGGUGCCAGGUGGCGAUUUCAUGACAAUAACGCCUACGCAGAAAGGCCACGUGGAAGGUUCACGGAACAUGCAAGAGUCAACCUUUUCCGUUAGCGAGGAACUUGAUAAGUCGUGUGCUCGUUCAUGCAUACGUGUCAGAAAUCCACCUGGUGGUAAAUCAACCGGAUUCUGGUAAAAAAGGAUCAAAAAACUCUCACAACCAUUUCGCACAACGUGAUCGAUGAAUUUUCGAAUUAUCGUCACUCAAAGAAGCUCACACUGGCCUAUAUGACCAAUUAGAUGACAAUAUUGGUAUCAUUUAUAAUUAGGCUUGCGCGCAUGUCUAUUGAUUAGGAACAUUUGAAAAUCAAUCGAUUUGUCUUCAUCUUCUUUUUUUUAUACACACAAACACCAUACACACCGUACAUUAUAUUACUUAUAUAUAUAUAGACGAUA